UCAGUUGGCUAGUAGGUUCGCAGUUGUGACGGCGGGCGGACGUCUCGACAAACUGUUGAAAAGCAUUUUAAAAUAAUUACGAGAAAAAUGCCGAAAAAAUCUCGUGGACGCCGUUGAUAAAAUAAGAUCACCAUUUAUAUAGAAAAAAACAAUAAUAAUGAAAACAAUGUGAAUGAAUGUGUUUUGAAAAUCGAACGUCAGUUAUAAAAAAAAAAUUGAUUUGUUUUUUUUUUAUUUUAUUUAUAUAUUAAGUUUUAAAUUUUGAGCGCGCGCGCGAAUUUAAAAUUAAACGUCAAAAUGACAGUUCGAAAGUGGUUCAAAUUUGGAAAAUCGUUGCGGAGUAGUGAUGUGAAAAUGUUGUUUUUGAUUUUAGUGACUAUAUCUGUAUUGGACAAUUUGCCCUUAUCUUGUAAGGGCGAAGAAUAUAACAGAGAAUCAAGAAAACUUUUCGGCGGCUACAGAAUAACCCCAACCUACUGCAAGGCAUCGCGCGCAGCCAAAUACAACAGAGGCAACACCAUAUGCAUGUUCAACCAUGAAUGCUAUCAACGCGGCGGUGAAGUGGUAGGGGCUUGCAUGGACGGCUUUCUCUUCGGAGCCUGCUGCCAACUCAAAUCCGACAGCCAAUCCCACAUACCUAAAGGCCCAGGUAUCGUCAUGACCAGUUACCUAGACUACCCAGACGCUACAGAAGGCGAUGAUUAUGAUGCAGAAGAACUAAGUGCUCUUCAUAACAGCUUCAAACCUGUAGUCACUCCAGGGUACAGACCAGCUGACAAAACUGCAGCCACUACUCUGAAACCAGAGGAUUUGAGUACGGAGGCUGAACAUGAACUGAUAUCUGAAGGUUUAACUCAAAUUACCAAUACGUUGUUAAGUUCUCCGCCUAAGGAUAGUAAUGGAAUUAUCUAUAUGAAACCUAAACCUGAUUAUUAUACUCACAGCAGUAUAGACCAUGGAGGUCCUGAUACUAUUCUCGUUCAUACAAACGGUUCUGUAGUUGAUAAUGUUGUAAGGCCUUCAGAUUUCAAUAUACAACUGUCUUCGAUGCAGACGAAACCGACGGUUACACCUAGUACUUCGACUACGGAGCCUCAGAGGACAGUGUCUACUCAUAGACCUGUCAAACCAAUCUUUAGGCCAAAGCCAGUAACUUCAACAGAGAGAUACGUUCCAAUAUCAACCAUUACUACUAAAAAUACACAGAGAGUUCCAGAGUUAUCGUCCAUUAAUAGCAUAAUUCAAAUGCUUAACGACAGUACUCCAAGUAUGAAAGAAGAUGUGACGCCAUCUAUCGAUAUAAUGGAGACAAAAUCAUCUCCAUCCCCAUCAUAUUCCUACACCUAUCCAAGCUACUCAUCCACUGGUCACUACGUCACUCUCAAACCAACUUCUCUAUCAACAUAUAUAACUAAAAAACCAACGACGCCAAGCAAGAAACCGUCGUAUGACUAUGUGCAUACGACUCCAAAUAGCUUGCCGCAGGACGAUAAGCCUACGUCUUACUAUUCCUCGCCUAGUCCUAGUCAUUCCACUAGUCAAGCCAUUGAAGCUUUUAACAGAUAUCCCACAGAUCCUACUGAUUUUGGAGAUCUUUCUACCUUCAGUUACGUCAGUUCUACUACUACUCAGAGACCAACAACGACCAAAAAACCACCAUCUACUAGCUACGUCACUGGUGCCAGUCCUAUCAGAAGACCGGCAGUACCAUCCAACGUGGUCACCUAUGAUGCAGUAGAUACCUUCUCAAGCGUCACACCAACAGUCAUAGUCCUUAAUGACAUACACACAACGAAAACGCCAUUAGACGCAGACGAACCGCAAUUCGUUGAAAUAUCUCAAGAGCCUUUCAAGAAGCCUGUUAGCCAUAUCACCGUGAACAACCAUAUAGCUGCUACCAACAAUAUUUACAUGGGUAAACCACCGACUUCAUCGUCCCCUACCGUUGUUAUAACUCCAAAACCAGGAGUGACUACACCUUAUCCAAUAAAGGGAUCAAUAGUGACCAGACCGCUACCUAUUCUAACUAGUCCAGUUAUGGACUUUACGGAAGCACCAACGACAAAUAAGCCAGAAAUGCAAACUUCACCAGAUGACCUAAUAAACUUCCCACCAGUAAGAAAUCCUAUGCUAAACGCUACUGGUUCAAACCCAGCUCUAUACAACACAAGCAUUUCACUAUCAGACAAUGAAUUAGAUAUUCUACACGACGUAGAAUUCACGACACCCACGUGGCAAGUUGACGACAAACUGAACGAGAAAAUGAAUGUUUUCGUCAACAAAAUCGUUGGCAACUUACAAGGAACGUUCCAAGAGUUGCACGAUAUUGUAAUUCUUGGAAGAAAACCGAACGAUACGGCUAUAAAAACGACGACGGUGAAGCCUAAACGGACUCCACCGACGACAAAGAGGCCAUUUUUGACGACAACGAAGCGGCCAGUGAGGUUGACGACAACGAAGGCGACGACACGACGGCCGACGGUGAAGACGACAAAGAAGCCGGUGCGGCUGACGACGCAGUAUCGACGGCCUACCACCACGCAGCCGCCGACCACCACCGCUCCGCCUACGAAGAAACCGGUGACCACCACGAAGAAGCCGAAACCGACCAAGAAGAUAACGACCACCACCCAAGCCGCCACCACUACCACUACCACCACCGAGCUGGCUGACGAAGUGACGACGGAGAAUUAUGUCGAACGACCUAUCGAUUAUAAUGACAAGAAUUUAUGCGGCGUCCGUCCCCUUGCAAAAUCGGGCCGUAUAGUUGGCGGCAAGAGUGCCAACUUCGGUGAGUGGCCCUGGCAGGUCCUGGUGAGGGAAUCCACCUGGCUCGGUCUCUUCACCAAGAACAAGUGUGGAGGAGUCCUGAUCACCAACAGAUUCGUCACCACCGCUGCCCAUUGUCAACCUGGAUUCCUAGCCUCCCUAGUAGCGGUAUUUGGAGAGAACGACAUUUCUGGAGACUUUGAACCCAAGAAGCCAGUUUCAAGGAACGUGAGGAAAGUCAUCGUCCACCGGUCUUAUGAUGCUGCUACCUUCGAAAACGAUCUCGCUUUACUCGAGUUGGAGUCGCCUAUUAAGUUCGACGCUCAUAUCGUGCCAAUCUGCAUGCCACCGGACGAGGCUGACUUCACGGGCCGUGUGGCUACCGUCACCGGCUGGGGACGGCUGAAGUACGGCGGUUCAGUGCCGGCUAUACUGCAAGAAGUCCAGGUCCCAGUAAUAGAGAACAGUGCAUGCCAGGACAUGUUCCAGACUGCUGGACAUUCCAAGAAGAUACUGAACUCCUUCAUCUGUGCUGGAUACGCUAAUGGACAGAAGGAUUCAUGUGAAGGUGACAGUGGUGGUCCCUUAGUCCUUCAGCGUGAUGAUGGAAAAUGGCAGCUGGUUGGAACAGUCUCCCAUGGCAUCAAAUGUGCAGCACCAUUCCUACCUGGCGUUUACAUGAGGACCACAUACUAUAAACCAUGGUUAAAGAGCAUCACAGGAGUUCAUUGAAUAAAUGGAUUUGAAUAAAUUAGUUUGAAUAAACGGGAUUGAAUAGUGAAUUGUUCAGAAUGAAUAAAUUAUUUGAGGAUGAAUAAAUGUUUUGAGUGUAUGUGUGAAUAAUGUAUUAGUUGAAUUGGUAUACGAAAUGGAUGAUAAAUUUGAAUGGAUGUGAAUGAAUGUUUUGUUAUUUAUUAUUCAUAUAAUGUGUGUUUUAUUUUGAUUUUCUAUUUGUGUUAUUCAUGAAUAUAAAUUUAUGAAUAAAUUAGUUCACUAUUUUAUAAUUUCUGAGUCGAUAAAUUUAUUAACUAAAUUCAGAAUAUUGUAUUAGCGUUUAUAAAAAAAAAAACAGUAUUUCAUUUUAUUAAAAAUAAUAAAAGAAUAUUUAUUUAUAAUUUGGAAUUUUGUAUAAAAUUAAUGUUACAGCUCUCUAAAUGAAAUUGUAUAAUAAUUAUUGUAAUUCUGAGAUGUUAAAUAAUUUUAAUUUUGUUUAAAUAUAAUUAUUGAGCC